CAGUGUACACUCUCCCUGCAGGCUCCCCUUGGCUGGGCUGCCCUGCUCACAGCACGCGCUGAGCACACACUCGGCACACCGGGUCAGGUGACCUUCCCUGGUCAUAGGGAGCCCGGGCACAGCGCCGACCAUGCAUUCUGAGGCAGACCAGGCGGCCGCAGCGCACACAGAGCCACCGGGAAGGAGCCCCAGGCAGCAGAUGGCAGACAGGCUGAGAGAGCUCACCCAGACACGGUUGCAGAAGAUAUGGAUUCCCCAACAGUGCGAGAGACUGCAGCAGAGGAGAGGAUCCUCCGUCCCCCAGUUCACCAACUCUCCAACUAUGGUGAUAAUGGUUGGACUUCCUGCCCGUGGGAAAACCUACAUCUCAAAAAAACUGACUCGCUACCUCAACUGGAUCGGAACACCCACUAAAGUGUUUAAUGUGGGUCAGUACCGCCGUGAAGCUGUGCAGACUUACAAAAACUACGAGUUUUUCCGUCCGGAUAAUGAAGAAGCGAUGAAGAUCCGCAAGCAAUGCGCCCUCAAUGCUUUGAAAGAUGUCAAGACUUACCUGUUGGAGGAGGGAGGCCACGUGGCGGUGUUUGAUGCCACAAACACCACAAGAGAGAGACGGUCUAUGAUUCUGCAGUUUGCCCGGGAGAAUGGUUUCAAGGUAUUUUUCAUCGAGUCUGUAUGUGAUGACCCUGGUAUAAUCGCUGAAAAUAUCAUGCAAGUGAAACUGUCCAGCCCUGACUAUAAGGACUGUGAUCGCGAGAAAGUGGUGGAAGACUUCCUGAAGAGGAUCGACUGUUAUCAGAUCACCUACGAGCCUCUACAUGAGGAACACGACAGGGCUCUGUCUUACAUUAAAAUAUUUGACGUCGGGAACCGAUACCUAGUGAACAAAGUACAGGACCACGUGCAGAGCCGUACCGUGUAUUACCUCAUGAAUAUACAUGUCACCCCGCGUUCCAUCUAUCUGUGCAGACAUGGAGAGAGUGAGCUCAACCUCCUGGGAAGAAUUGGGGGGGACUCUGGACUCUCACAGCGUGGCAAGCAGUUUUCAAUUGCACUGGGUAACUUUGUAAAGUCUCAGAAGAUUCCAGACCUGAAAGUGUGGACCAGUCACAUGAAACGUACCAUCCAAACGGCUGAAGCGCUGGGUGUCCCCUAUGAGCAGUGGAAGGCACUAAACGAAAUUGAUGCGGGAGUCUGUGAAGAGAUGAUGUAUGAAGAGAUACAAGUCAACUACCCUGAAGAAUUUGCACUGAGAGAUCAGGACAAAUACCGUUAUCGAUAUCCAAAGGGAGAGUCCUACGAAGACUUGGUACAGAGACUGGAGCCAGUGAUGAUGGAGUUGGAACGUCAAGAAAAUGUCCUAGUGGUUUGUCACCAAGCUGUCAUGCGAUGUCUCCUGGCCUACUUUCUGGACAAGAGUGCAGAAGAACUGCCCUAUUUGAAAUGCCCCUUGCACACGGUGUUGAAACUGACCCCUGUGGCUUAUGGCUGUAAGGUGGAAUCAAUUUACCUGAAUAUAGAAGCUGUGAACACCCAUAGGGAGAGGCCUCUGAAUGUGGAAGUGUCACGAGACCCAGAAGAUGCACUGCUUACUGUACCUGAACACUUUUAACUGGACUGAUUUCAUUUUUUUUUUUUUUAACUGCAAUGUGUGCAUUUUUUUAAACUUCGUUUUGUUUUUAAUCUGGUCAGUAACCUGAAGGAAGAGUAACUGGAGCAAUCAUGACAAGUUCAAAUGCCUGCGAACACCUAUUUUAUCUGCAUUAAACAGGGGUGUUUGCAAGAA